CAAUGUUUAUGUUUGGUAGUAGAUGGGGGAAAUUGAUUAGGUUCACGUGUUGUAUUUGCUAACUGUGAACGUGCGGUGUACUUUUUUUAUUUUUUUUUAAAUAUUUAUUCUGUGGAGGAAAAGUAACUAGGACUCGUGUUCUUCCUUUUUGUGUGUUCACAUCAUUGAUUAAUAUGCUGAGGAAUUCUUCCAUUUUUUUUAACGAAUGGUGUUUCGCUAGCAAGUACACGAGUCUUGAGAAGAAUGUAAACAGAAGACUAUUUGAAGCGAUGUUCAUUCGGCUUCGACCUUGUAGUUUAUGCGGAGGUUUUCUUCGGUGGAGAUCAAAUGAACCCGAGGAACAUCGUAAGAGAAAGCGACGCAUGACUCAAUCUGAAGAAAUAAGUAAUUACUUUCAGACAAAGGAAUCUCUUCGGAAUGUACUGAAAGAUGUUCCGGGGAAAAUUUUAAAAAUGCGGAGAAAAAUUCCAGAAGCAUUGUAUCUUGUUGAUGACGAUGUCGCCGAUGAGAUAGUGACAGCCAUUAACAAAGAAGUUGAAAGCUUAAACUCACCAAUAAUAGAAGCAAAUCCAGGACUUGGACUUAUAACUAAAAGAUUGCUUAAUUGUGGUGCACACAACUUGCAGUUAUAUGAAUCCAGUGCUGAGUUUAAAGCUCGUUUGCAGGCCAUUGAAGAAGAAAACAGGAGUCGUGUAACACUUUACUCAGCAGAUAUUUUAGAUCUUGCAAAGUUCAAAUUUCAAGACAAAAUGGACAGUGGUAGCAGAGUUGAAACUAUUAUAAAACGUGUCCCUGCAAGAAGUUGGAAUGACGACAUAGCAUUCAGAGUGGUCGGUGUGCUGCCAUCAUUUGGUUUCUUGAAGUACCUAAUGCUGAGUCACAUACUACAAAGUGGUCUCAUGCUGCAAGGUCGGCCGGAGCUUUAUGUCGUCAUUAGUCCAACCCUCUACCAUCACCUCACAUGUAACAGCAACGCAAGUUAUCGAUAUUAUCGUUCUACAACCGUUAUCUUUCAACUCAUCUUUGAAGCAAUGCUGUUAUCAAAGGUACCACGAAAAGCCUUUUUCCCGUGGAUAACUAGGAAUAUGGGGAAGAAGAAGUUGGAUGAGUUCAAAGCAGCAGAGGGAGAAUACAUGUACCUUGUAAAAAUAGUGGCACGCAAAGAUUUCUUUGAAAAGGUAGUGCCAGUGGAGCAUCUGCAGCCCCUUUGGUACUUCUUACGAACACACAUGAUGAGUCGCCGCAACAGGAUUGUGCCACAACUCGAGCAAUGGAUUCCUGGUUGUGGGCCUCGCCUAAUAAUCAAGGGUAGAAGUAUAUUCGACCAGUUUGGUGAUUUAAACCCACCUGAACUGUUAUCAUUAUUUAAGGAAUUUAUUAGUUGGCCUGAGUUUUAUCAGAGUAAUUUCUUGUCGUCCAUGGAAACAAAUUUCAUGAAGACAGAACUGAUGUCAGAUGAAGUUGACAGCUCAUCACACUACCCUGCUGAUGGAGAUGCUGAACCUGAACCUGAUGCUGAUACUGUGUUACAGUGUGAAGAAACAUAGUGUGAAGUUAUGUUAUACUUACAGUGUUCAUUGUAUUUCAUCAUUGUACACAGAACCCUAGAGAUCAAAUGUAUCUUUUUAAUAAAAGAAGUGGAAGAAAUGUAAAUUUGCUGUUGUACAGCAC